UCCAUCGCCUCAACUGUGUGCAUCUUACUAUGUCUGAGAGUUCAAAAAGGAAGAUUGUUAAAGAAUUCGGUGAACAGCUAGAGGAGAAGUUAAUAAAGGAUAUGUCAGAUGGUAAUACAGGAAAAAUAAAUGGUGACAAUCUUGACAUUAGAGUUCACACCAACGACAUUCGUAUGUCAAACAAAGACAGGGACUACCAUUUCUUUGCCUCUAAUUUCGUUCUUGAUCGUAUUCAUGUUGAUAAGGGCCCUGCCUUAAUCCUUGAACCUGAGGGACCAAAGCUAGAACUGUUCUGGCCAAACGACAACGAAAUCAAAGCAUACAGAAACAGCUUAAAGAUACUACUUGGAAGAAUCAUGAUUAAGUAUAUGCCGGAAUUUAAAUGGUUUGAGAAAAUUUUGCCUGACCAUAUUGACCAUCCUCACAAAGAAGCUAUGAGUAAAAAGUCAAUUGUACACAUGCUGCCUUUGUCCUUAAACAAUGAAUGCUCAUAUGAUGGUUGUGUAAGAAUAAUGGAUGAAUACAUUGAGAUGAUUAACAGAUGGUACAGAAAGGCAGGGAGAGCUGCUGAACUAGACAAGCUUCAGAUUCCAUUUGGAGGAGACCAGCUCACAAGAAUACGAUUCCAAGGGGCAAAGGCCUUAAGAGCUGGGGCACAUACCCCUCAGGAAAGAUUUGAUCAUCUGUACCCUAUGAUAAUUGAACUAUUCCACACUCUGCAAGACUUCUUAGAGAAAUUAUGUAAAAGAUUCCUUAGCUUAGCAAAUUCUAAGGAGCAGGGCACUUUAGCAAACCUGAAGAUAAUUAUUCAGUGGACAAAUGUAAACGGAAAGGUUAAGAGCAGAUUCAAGGUAAUUUUCAAAUUACUUUAUGAUUAA